UGUGGGUACACGACUUUACAUAUUUAUAGUAAAUGUUCAUAGUAAAAGAAUGAAAGAAGUUUAAUGAAAUUCUACCAAUUGGUUGGUUUGUUAUGUACAAAUCUGUGGAUUUUUAAACAAUUAAAGAGCAAUAAUUCUAAGGAAAAUUGACCAAUAAAAAAUGAUGGGCAUCAUCUAAAUAUGUUGGUUAAUAUUUAUUUCAAGUUUCAUGAAUUCUACCUGAUUGUUACUGAGAAAUGGCUGUAGACGUGAAUUUUUCAUUAAAUCAAGGGCAAUAACUUUAAGGGAAAUUGACCAAUCCAAAAACAAAACUUGACGGGCAUCAUCGUAGUAUGUUGGUUCAUAUUUAUUUCAGGUUUCAUGAAAUUUUUUCUGCUAGUUACUGAGAAAUGGCUGCGGACAGACGGACGGACGCACGCACGGACGGACAACGCCAUUUCAAUACCCCACCCCCUCCCGAUUUCAUCGGCGGAGGAUAAUAAAUGUUAGAAGAAAUCUUUAUUGCAAACUGGUAUAUCUGUAACAAGUGAAGAAUGUUUGUUUUAGAAAUAGCAACCGUCGUUCAUUAGCGGCAUAAAAAUGUGUUUCUUUUAUUUUACAUGUCAAUAUCCAACGAAAUUUUACAAAAUCCACAAACCUAGUGCAAUUGCCAGGAUGAUGUACCAGAUAUACAACACAUGGCCAUGGAAGGACGUUGUGGUGCCGGGUAUUGUAAUAUUGCUGUUGUUUGUAUGUAUAUGGUGUUGUAAGAGGCGGAAACGGCAGCAAAUGAAGCUUUAUCAGAUCGAGUGGUUCCAACGUUGCUGGAGUGGUGACAAGUGGCGAACAUGGAUGAAAUCACACAUUUCUGGUCUUGCUAAAACGAAAACAUGUAUCGUUCGGAGCAAGGGAGUUGAUCUGGAUAUAGAAACACAACUGCAGAAGAUCGGAAUAAAUGUUACUAAAGACUUGAGACUCUACGACAACGGACCAAUUAUUGCUCUAAGGUACAGUGGUGUAUCUCGUUUAGAAGACGAUAUAAGUGGAUGUCUUGGAGAUUUCAGUGAUGAGGAAAUCGAGCGUACAAUACUGAUGUUGCUUUACGAAUCUCCAAUGGGAUAUGAUGUACACGGCUCUGUCGAAGAUCCGAAGCAGGUUCCCUAUAGUAGUGAAACACAAAAUAACUAUCGUUACAAAAAGCUGAAAGGGAUUAUCCAUCUUCAGUUGGAUAACAAAGGAAAAAUUAAUUUCAAAAACUGUGACGCAGGAAACAUUUUAAAAAACUGGAUAAAAAAAAUUGAAACCGCAUAAGCAAAACUUCCUAAACGAUUACUCAAAUCAUUCAAUGUUGUAAUUAUGAGAAUUCGAUAAGAUGUAAAUACGGUCAUAAGCUCAAUGUACAUGUCUUUUAAAUGAAAGACACCAAAUAAGCCAGAUAAUUUUUUUUAUACUUUUACUAUAGUACAAAGCAGCUAAACAAAAUUUAUCCUGAUAUAUGUUCAUAAACAAACUGAAUCGAACCUAAUCUGCUGUCUGCUCUCAUUUCGCUUAACUUUUUUGUGCUCUAUGCUUCCAAAUUAUCUUCUUAUAGAUUUGAUAAUGUUUGUUGAAAUUUCUUA